ACAGGGAGACGUCCUGCGCUACUGAGUAAAUGAAGUGCAGUAAGAAUGUCCUCCAGAUGCUCUCGCGUCGGCGGAGUGCAGCGUCAUCAUCCCUCGUCUUGCCGGGACCCGGCAUCAAGGGUGAAAGGUUCUUAUCGGCAUACAAAGGGAGGAGCUUGGAGGUGAAUACUCCCGCGACGGAGGUGACAAAGCUAUCAAGCGGAUUGCGCGUUGCAUCAGAGAUGCAGACCUCGCAUGGUGAGACAGCAACAGUGGGUGUUUGGAUAGACGCGGGAAGCCGGUAUGAGACUGCGCUGAAUAAUGGCGCCGCACAUUUCUUGGAACACAUGGCAUUCAAGGGCACACAACGACGUGCUCAGUAUGACAUAGAGGUUGAGAUAGAAAACAUGGGGGGACACUUGAAUGCGUACACUUCGCGGGAACAAACAGUCUACUAUGCCAAGGUAUUCCGAGGAGAUGUGGAGCGCGCCAUGGACAUCCUCAGUGACAUUUUGCAGCACUCGGUGUUUGACGAACGUGCCGUGAUGCGGGAGCGCGACGUAAUCCUCCGAGAGAUGGAGGAAGUGAACAAGCAGAAAGAGGAGGUCAUCCUGGACUACUUGCACGAGACGGCUUUUCAAGGCACUGGCCUUGGGCGGACCAUUCUGGGGCCGGAGGAGAACGUGAAAAGCCUGCACAGAGAGGCAUUGAAAGACUACAUCCGCACACACUACACGGCUCCGCGAAUGGUGAUAGCGGGGGCGGGGGCCAUCGAGCACGGCCGGCUGGUGGAGCUGGCGGAUAAAUACUUCGGAAACUUGCCGCGCCAGGCGCCCCCCGGAGCAGAUACGGGAAUGGAGGCGGCGGUUUUUGUCGGCAGUGACAAGCGAGUGCACUCGGAGGAAGAGAGCGAGGCGCAUGUGGCACUGGCCUUCAGAGGCGCAGCCUGGACGUCGGAAUUCGCGUUUCCGCUCAUGGUGCUGCAGACCAUUAUGGGGUGCUGGGACCGGUCGAGUGGGGCGAGCCGGCAGAUGACCGGGCGGCUAGGGCAGGCUGUGAUGGAGAGAGAGCUCUGUCAUUCCUACGUGACCUUCAACACGUGCUACAAGGACAUGGGCCUGUUCGGGCUCUAUGCCGUGGUGCCGCCGGAGAAGCUCAGGGACUUCUCGGGGGCGAUGACGGAGCACCUUGUACGGAUGGCGCACGACGUCACUCCCGCGGAGGUGGAGAAGGCCAAGACGCAGCUCAAGUGCACACUGCUGAUGCAGCUUGACUCCUUUGCACACGUGUGCGAGGACAUCGGCCGGCAGAUGCUGACCUACGGGCGGCGAAUGACGCCCGCCGAGAUCUUCGCCCGCAUCGACGCCGUCCAGGCGGAGGAUGUUAAGGCCACGGCCAUGGCUUACAUCGUGGACGAGGACCACGCCCUGGCGGCCAUCGGCCCCGUGGCAAACCUCCCCGACUACGACUGGAUUCGGCGGCAGUGCUUGUAGACAUGGGAAAUAUCAGUGCGGCAAAAGAAGAAAACUC